GAAGCUUAUGAUAUCCUCAAGUAUCGCUCAGUCCGAACUCCUCCUCUUCGCUCCCCCAUGUCUGGUCGAGCCCCCAAACGACGCCUUAUCACUCCCAUCCCAGAUUACAGAGGAGGCUUCGAGCUCCACAGUGCUGAGGAGGUGGAGAAGGAGAGCCACCUGCUGGAGGAGCUGGAGAAGCUCAGUGUGUCUGGGCCUCGAGUGUCCCGGCAGCGGCACCAAACCUCCAGGUCCCAAACCUGCAGGUCCUUCUCUGCGCUGCUGGACGUACCGGUGGACGGUUACGACUCAAAGCCCAGAGACCUCAAACCCUCCUCCAGCCCGAUCCCUCCCAACUGGCUUCUGACCCGCAGCGACGACCCUCGCCCUCCUCCUCUCCGAACCGACAUCGGCACGAUCCGCUCCGUCCACUUCGACGAGGUUUCUCUGCACUCUGCGUCGGACAAGGGGAACGCCGCCUCCGUCAGAGGGAGGACCGCGUCUAAAAACGGCCAGUCCAAAGGCAAAAAGGAGAAAAGUGGAGACAGGAGUAAAGAGAGUGUGUUCACGCUGCAGAGCGCCCCUCGCAGGAGUCGGCCGUUGUUGUCGCAGGUGUUCGGUUCGGGUUCGGAUCAGGUGAGAAGCGGACAGAUGAACGGACAUCAGGUGACCGCUGAGAACGGACUGAACGGCUCCGAGCCUGAGCAGGAGUACAAGCUCAAAGCCGUCAGCAUCUCCAAGACCAAGCAGUCCCUCGGCAUCAGUAUAUCUGGUGGGAUGGAGUCAAAGGUUCAACCGGUGGUGAAGAUUGAGAAGAUCUUUCCUGGAGGAGCCGCCUCCACCUGUGAAGUACUCAAGGCUGGAUUUGAGCUGGUGUCCGUUGACGGAGUCUCGCUGCACGGAGUCACUCAUCAGCACGCCGUCGACAUCAUCCGAAAAGCCUUCAGCAACAAGGCCAAAGACCCCAUGGUGUUCGUGGUCCGAGUCCCUAAAGACAUUUUAAAAGGACACUGA